AUGGGGGAUGUGUCCUUGAAUCGACCCAUUAAAGCGGAGCCAACUGCAGGUGGCAUUGCCAAGGGGAAUCGAGUUCUGGACACGAUGUCCGCUGGGUGGACAGAUGAGAGGCACAUGAAGUAUAUAAGUUCUAUGGAGGCUUCUUUUGUCGAUCAACUAUACAAUCACGGAAACCAUCUGCACAAUGCAAAUGUCACUGGCUUCAAGGUUCUCCGCAGGGGUGUGUGGGAGUACAUCAAGUAUGAGAAGACUAAUAAUGCUCCUGUUCGAAGUGGGGCUAAAUGCUGCGUUCCUGCAAAUCCUUGGAUCCAGCAUUUCAGGCCACGUGAUUGCGGUAGCAACGCACAAAGUGAUGGGGUCGAGGCUUCAGUGGGCGAUCAUGAAUCGGGUACUCAGGCAAACCGGAAGAGCCUUUCAGUGUCUCAUGGAAGGGAAUGGGAAGCUUGUAAGGAAGAACCCCAGCUUCUUGUUGAAAGUACAGAGGUCUCUGAUCAAAAUUUUGCUGACGAUGAGGCUGAAGUUGAAGCAGAAUCAGUGAAAUCAUGCAAGAGGAGGAGAUUAAGCAGCAUUUCGCACUACCGUGAUGAAUGA